AUGACGGAAAACACACUUGAAUUGGAAACCGAUCCCUUGUUUAACUCCGGGCGUGGAUCUGCCCUCACCGAGAAUGGAACGGUGGAAAUGGAAGCCAGCAUUAUGGACGGGCCGAAGAGGCGAUGCGGCGCCGUUUUCGGUUUAACCACCGUUAAGAACCCAGUGUCCCUUGCUCGACUUGUGGAAAAAUCACCACAUUCGUAUCUGGGCUUUUUGGGUGCCGAAGAGUUCGCCAAGAAACAGGGCGUAGAGAUGGUGGAUAAUGAAUAUUUCAUUACCCAGGAUAAUGUUGGGAUGCUUAAGUUGGCAAAGGAGGCCUACUCAAUCCUGUUUGAUUAUCGGAUCCCUGCUGUUGGCUCCUGUGGUGCCGGCGCCGCCAUGGACAAUCCUUUGCAAAUGAAUGGACUCCCAAUCAGCGUCUACGCUCCGGAGACAGUAGGGUGCGUGGUGGUUGACAAGGAGGGCCGAUGUGCCACCGCCACCUCUACCGGUGGGCUCAUGAACAAGAUGAUUGGAAGGAUUGGUGACUCGCCACUUAUCGGUUCGGGGACCUACGCAUCAGAGCUUUGCAUGGUGUCAUGCACCGGGGAAGGUGAAGCAAUCAUCCGUAGCACACUGGCGAGGGAAGUAUCGGUUGUGAUGGAAUACAAAGUUUUCUUAAAAAAAUAA